AUGUUUGCCAAAAUCUGCCUAGUAGCCGCUGUCAUCUUCGUAAUAAGCGCUGAAGCACAAGAACAACACCAUCACCACGACCACCACCACGCUUCCUCCUCACAGAGCCUCAAACAGUACCAUGGAAAAGCUACUGAGAAACACGUCGAGUAUUAUUCUCACCCUAAGUACGAGUUCGCGUACAAAGUGGAGGACCCUCACACCGGUGACAAGAAGUACCAGCACGAGGCGCGCGACGGUGACGUCGUGAAGGGCGUGUACAGUCUGCACGAGCCCGACGGUACUGUCAGGAUCGUCGAGUACCACGCUGACAAGAAAACCGGAUUCAAUGCCAAUGUGAAACGUGAGGGUCAUGCCAAACACAUUGUUCCUGAACACAACCACCACCACUGA